UCCACGUUCAGUCAAGGUUGGUCGCUCGACGCGAGCGGAUGGUGAAGUAAAAGUGCGCGUAGCUUGUCCUCGUCGCCAGAUCCCAAGGAGUAAAAGUGUUUUGUGGGAGAAGCAGCAGAAGGGGAACUUGGUGGUGGACUACGGUUUCAAGUGAUCAAUUUUGGAAUGCGUGUACUGGAAAAUAGUUUUCGAAUGGUGAAAAGUUAUGGUUUUGCGGGAAUGUGCGUGUGAAGUGAAAGGGAAAGAACCUGUGUUCCCCGAAUGUCGGUUGCUUUCCGUGGAUCGAGUUUUAGAGGUCAUGUUUGUCGAUCAUCGGAAGAAGAAAGUUUUCCUGCUGCCACAGAUUGAAUUAACCACCAGCUGGCACGGAAUGGAAUCUGGAAUGUUCGGUUUUCGCUAAACCGGAAGUCCCCUGGACAAGCUACGCGCACUAUUACUGGCCGUUGCCUUGCCGGGAAAUCUCCUUGGGCAACCUUUGGAUUACUUUGGGCCAGUACCCAAGCCGUUUCGAGUUUCUUUGGCUUGGAAAAAGUUUUUUGAGGCAUCCAUCGCUGCGGCGACAUUUUGUCAGCGCCCGCCCCAUUGCAGAGACCGUGAGUGUGGAGGAAUUUUCCCAUCUUUCGGGGAAACCACCCUCUCUCUCUAGCAGCGGCUCUCCAGCGAGGUGCGUCAUUCGGCGGUGUGUGUUGUGCAGAAAAAAAAAAUUUGCACUAACACCGCUGCCCUCUGUGAAGAACUAUACACUAAAUGCAACAACAUUAUUUGGCUGUGUUGUCGACGUCGUCAUCGUCGUUGCUCUCGUCCUCGCCGUAAAAUGAAAAGCCAAAAGAAAAGUUCAAAUAAAAAAUCCGUCCCCGCGUCCCAAAGCUGCUUUGUGUUGUGCGGAAUUUCGCUAGCCGAAAAGCAAAAGAAGAGGCACAAGAAGAAGAAGAAGAAAAACAACCGGAUGUUUUGUAGUAAGGGUGGCCAACCUUUUGGCAUUGGAAAAGCUUAAGAACGAAAACCAAACUGAACAUGAACCUUAACCAAGUCAUCGUGUUGAACGAGGGUUAUUCGUUCAUGGAGAACCUGCCAGACCUUCAUGGACGAACGAUGGACAAUGACACUGAUCGUGCCGUACCUUCGGCGACGAUGAUGGCCAACUGUACCUGUACCCUGAUCAAGAGUCCCGAUUGCAACGUCAUAGUGGACACUAUGACACCCUGGGAUGGCGAUCUGCUUUUGCAAAAGCUGCAGGAACACGGCCUGACUCCCGACGACAUCGAUUGGGUAGUGAGCACUCAUGGACACUCUGACCAUCUGGGGAACAAUAAUCUCUUCCUAAAAGCCAGACACAUGGUGGGGACUAGCAUUUCCCAGAGGAAUCGUUACUUCAUCCAUGAUUUCAACAACGCUCCCUACAGCCUCUCGAGCGGUAUCGAGGUCAUUGCCAGCCCGGGUCACACCUUGUCCUGCGUCUCAGUGCUGGUUCACCGCGGUAGCAUCCUUUUAACGGAACCAAAACAACAACAACCGGAACAACCGGAACCGGAACCUACGGGAACGAUAGCCAUCGUGGGCGAUUUGUUCGAGCGUCGCGAAGACAUCGAACAGCCAGCGCUCUGGAUGGAAGCCGGCAGCGAAGACCCGGCGGCUCAACGGAAGAACCGGGCUCGGGUUGCUUCGCUGGCCGACGUCAUCGUCCCGGGGCACGGUGGUCCGUUUCCGGUGAACCAGAUGAUGAGGGACACGUUGCAGCACCAGGUGGCUGCUGGUUUUGGGGAAUGUUCGGCUGAGGAGGAUGGAAGAAAGGAAAACUGAUGCUGGUUUGGGGGAUGAGGAAUGGGGGGAUGAAGUGAUGGGAUUUAGCGGGGACUGGAAGUGGAUCGCGAAGCACGAGAAAUGUUGGGAUAUGGCGUCGGCGGCCAGUCACUUAUCUAAUGAUUCAAUAAUAGUUUACAACAUACAUAUAUUGCUAUGAUUGAGCCAGAAGAUUCAUCUUCUUAGAUUAGUUGUUCGCUUGUGUUGGUUUAUUACAGAAAAAAAUAACAAUUAAAACUCGAAGCAUAUUGAAAAGUCAAGGUUAUGAAUUCAAGAUUUACAAUCAAUCAAACAAAACAAGAGAAGAAAAAUUAAGAGAGAAGUUAAAAAAAAACAGAGAUUUUCGUUUACUAGAAAUGGUAAGAAGGUAAAAGUUUGAUCAAAACAACAAUGCAGAAGCGUUUGAAUUUGCUUGUAGAGUAUAAGUUUGUUCGAAUCUAGCUUUCGUUUUGCGUAGUUUUAAACUGAAAUGAAGAAUAAAUAGAAGACAAAAAUUUUGCUGGAUUGAAAUCCAAAACAAAAAAAAAUCAACAUAUUAUGAAACAAAAGAAAAUUAUUAACCGUGCACGAUAUUAAUAUGCAAAUUUAUGAUCAUACAUGUAUGUUAGUGGAAUUAGAGUUUCAAGUUUCUUAAACAUUAUGUAUUUGUGACAUGGUAACAGAAAAAAAACACACACAUAUUACUGAUGCAAAACAUGAAAUGUAGUAGUUUUAAAUGUUUAAUCUUUGUUCGAGUGGAAACACUGAAGGAAAAAAAACAUGAAACAAGUAAACAAACAUAGUUCUACAUUUGCAGUUGAACGGAACCAAUUCCCUGAAGGUUGUGCUGAAAUAAGAGAACAAAAAACCACACUCACACACACAAACAUUAACAAAAGUCACACUCUAGUAGAGAGAAUCGAAAAAAAAAAGUUUUUUGGGCUCACUGGACUUUGUAGAAGUCUAGAGGGAUGUCCUGCUUCGUAAAAGAGAAAAUAAUCCAAUGCCAAUAUGAGAACUUCAAAAAGACACCCACACACAUAUACAUAUUCGCAAGCAAGUAAUUAAUUAUGAUUGUUUAUUUGUUUAGUGCUAGUAGAAAACAUUAACAUUACAUCGUUUUGAAAGCCCACGUGAUCUGGUAUUUCCUCGAAAAAUUUUGAAAGAGAAAACCCGUUUUUAUAGACAAAACAAAACAAAAAUCGAUCGGGUGGAAAAACCGGAAUACGUGCGACUUUUUUGCUUGAAAGUACCAACAUCAACUUUCACACUAUUUGGAUCUAAUUCGAUUUAAAACCGGAAAAUAACAUCUGAGCAAAGAUCUAGCCAAUGAAAUGUCACAAAAGAAACUUUUAAAACGCUUAAAAAUAUAAUGAAGAAAAAACACAUACAUUCAAACUACAACUAAACAUCUUUAGAAGACGUAAGCAUAUGCAAAUAAAACAGCAGCAAGAUCAUUCAUAUUCGUAGAAAAACAAUAAAUAAAUAUGUUACAUUGAAGAAAAAGUAAUUAAAUAAAUCUCCUUCAAGGAGAAGCACAGUUAGUGUUAGAGGUAAAUAAUCUCAUCAUUGAAGAAAAAAAGCAUAUAAUUCAAGCACUUGAAUGCCGAUGCGAAUUCGAUGGGUUACGAAAAGUUUACAAAAAAAAAGCAGAAGAGUAGUGAAAGAUUACAAAAAAAAAAACCUCGGUUCGCAUCGAGUGAUUUAUGUUGAAAUUUACUAACUGAGAAAGAAACUGUAUCGCAUAGUUACAAUAAUUUGUUCGAACAUUUAGCGAAACAAGAAAGUAUUAAUACAAUACAGACAGAAAAAAAAUUAAAUCUUACAGCAGCAUGCAGCUGUAACUUUUAUCCCAAAAA